AUGACACUACUCAGCCGGCGGCAUCGCAUGUCUCCCGAACCCAUCAAGAAGCCAGAGGAGACAAGUCCACCACAACAACCUCCACGGCGCCGUCGAGGACGCCCACGCAAGGAUUGGACACCGCUCGACGAUGGCCCAGCGGCCUCUGAUGCGACCUCUUCACCCACCGUCCUGACCCCGGCAUCGUCCACGGAGCCCGACAGCCUCGUGUCCGCUAUCAACGUCGCCGACGCAGAACUACUCUUCCACUUCCUCACUCGCACAGCGCAGACCUUUGCCACAGACGACGAUGAAAAGGCCAAGGAGGACCGCAUGGUCCAGUUCUGGAAGAGCAAUGCGCCGCGCAUCGGAUUCGCCCACCCCUUCGUCCUCCGUCUCAUUUUUGCCGUUACGGGACGCCACAUGGCGUCUCUCGAGACUGACAAGACGCGGCAACCCCGUUUGGCAUCCGUAGCAGACCAGCACUUCUCCGCGGGCGUCUCGGACAUGGUGAAAGAGCUGGCCAACAUCGGACCCAACAACUGCGGGGCCCUCUACAUUGGUGCAGUCCUCGUAUGCUACUGCUCCUUUGCUGCCGGGCCUACGACGCCGGGCGACCUACUUGUAUGCAAUAUAGACGGCGGCGACGACGACGACGCAGAGCCUGCGCGGUGGCUGCCCAUGAUUCGAGGGCUGAAAUUGAUCCGCGCCGCCGUGGAUGAGUCCGUACUCUUCUCCGGGUUGAUGGCGCCCUUGGGCCCGUCCGACGCACCGGCAAACGAAGAAUCGGGGCCGGUUUUCGUCCGCCAAGGAUUCCCUCGCCUUGAUUGGGAAGAACCGCUGGAGAAGCUGCGGAGUUUGGUCCACGACGACCAGGGCCCAAACGCGCCGGUCCUUUUACGGGCACUUGAUCAGCUCAUCGUUAUCUACGAAGCCGUAUACGGGAGAGGUGACGGCGUGUAUGACGGUCCCUCGGAGAACGGCCUCGUCUUUGGCUGGCUUUACCGGCUAGAUAACAAGUUUAUCCACUGUUUAUCCCGUCUGAUGCGCCUCUAA